AUGGAAGAACACGUCCCACCGGAUGUUUUCUACAAUGGUUUACGUCCUUUUCUGUCCGGUUACAGCCAAAAUGCAUUGGAAGAACAGGGUGGUAUCAUGUUUGAGGGAAAAGAAGAUUUGGGACCUCAACCUCUCAGUGGAGCUUCAGCAGCACAAAGUUCAACACUUCAUGUUAUUGAUGAAUUUCUUCGAAUCAAGCAUGGACAUGAUGUAGAAGCAUUUUUGGCACUUCAUCGUGAAUAUAUGCCACCUAAACAUCGUGAAUUCAUUGGUUGGGUUCGAGAAAAUGCUGCUAAAAUCCCGAAUCUACAAAACGUUCCCGGUUAUCAGGAAGCUCUUCUUGCUGUCAAGAAAUUCCGAGAAGUACAUAUAGACGUGGUAACGAAAUUUAUCGUUUUACCAGCAAAAGGAAACUCUAAAAUGGGCACCGGUGGUUCAUCAUUCAUGCAUUUGUUGCGUAACGUAGCCAAUGAUUGCAAGCUAUGA